AUGGUGUGCGUGCCGGCCGACCGAGCAGCUUGCCUGCUGCUCAGUACUCCGCCAGACUGUGUGCCGCUCAUCACUCCGCUCAGCAUCCCGCUCAUCACCCCGCCAGGCUGUGUGCCGCUCAUCACUCCGCUUAUCAUCCCGCUCAUCACCCCGCCAGGCUGUGUGCCGCUCAUCACUCCGGCCAUCGCCCCGCCAGGCUGUGUGCCGUUCAUCACCGUGCUCAUCACCCCGCUCAUCACGCCGCCAGGCUGUGUGCCGCUCAUCACUCCGCUCAUCAUCCCGCCCAUCACCCCGUCAGGCUGUGAACCGCUGAUCACCCUGCUCAUCACCCCGCUCAUCACCCCGCUCAUCACGCCGCCAGGCUUGUGUGCCGUUCAUCACCCGCUCAUCAGCCCGCUCAUCACCCCGCUCAUCACGCCGCCAGGCUGUGUGCCGUUCAUCACCCGCUCAUUAGCCCGCCCCACCGGGCCGCUCGGCGGGCGGCUCCAUGCCAGUAUGGUCCGGCGGUGA